AUAUCAAAACCAUUCAAAUCAAGCAGUAAAACUAUUUGGACAUGUCCAAAUGCACUGAAACCAGUAUCUGAAAGGUGCAAAGAUUUUACAUUCGAAAAAACGAAAGCAAACCAGGGGGAGAAGCAGGUGUCGGCGGCGACUAACCUACAGGCGGUGUAUCUGAAGAAGCUAUUGGAUGAGAAGGAAAAGGAAAUCAAAUCACUUCAGAAUCAGCUUCAUAAAGCCAACAACGAAAAUGUGAAGCUGAUACAGGAACUAGAAGGAUACAGGGGAAAGAACUACGAUGAAAUGUACAAAGAGAACUUGACCAAUAAAGACCACUUAAAUCGAGUGUGUCGGGAAAACAUUCUGCUGCAUGGACUUAUCCGGAAGCAGGGUAACAGACGACUACAGAGACCGGAAGUCAAAGAAGCCGAGGAGAAGCAUAAUACGGAGCCUACUGAACGACUAAGACUGACCAAAUCUGCUAAACCCAGACUGUGUUAAUGCUCUGAUUGCUAGGUUGUACUAGCUUGUCGUUGCAAUCACUAUACAACUUUCCUCAGAAGGAAAAAUUUAAUCAUUUGUAAAUAAAAUCUUACUGUUU